AUGGUUUCGAUGCCGCCAAACCUGUUGGAAAUACAAUCCAGAUGUCUUACCCGCGAUGUGAGUGUCCAAGAAUUUAGCCGACAGAGGCGCAAUGAGGUAAGUCCCCUCAUCCUCUGCAAGAUAUGCCGUCUCAUUUGUGGAAGGGUUGUGACAUGUAGCCAAUGCUCCUACUUCUUCCAACAUAAGAGAACCUUUCAUCCCCAUUAUAUCGUGAGUUUUCAAGAAUUCAUUCUUCCCAUUCAAUAGCCAUAUGGGUGGGCUGUAUGUUUUCCACCAGAUGGCAUUUGUCGCGUCAGGUUGGUUGCUCAAAAAAACCUGAGUGGGUAUAAUGCCUCCUUGGUGGUAGACGCCCAUCAGAAGGCCAAAUAUUAA